AUGAGUGUAAAAGUUAACCUUCAGGCUCAAAUUAUGGAGGAUAAAAUUAAGGGAGAGAUUAUACCAGCUGUUAAAGACAAGCUUAUGUCCCUUAUUGGAGAACUGAUAGAUGUAGAGGUUAAUUUUUCAAGUAUUAAACAAUUUAGUAAUAACUUUGAAAAUUCUCUGGAACAUCUUCAAGUUUGGGAUGGCUUUUUCAUUCUCGGACACUUGUUAGAUGUUAUAGAGUUUUUAUUACAGAGAGAAGAUUACGAGAAUAUAAGAACAUCCUUUGCUCAAAAGGUUAAAAAGAUAACGGUAGCAGCAAAACCAUUCUUGAAAGAAGAGCUGGUGAACGAGACAUUAUUUGUUGCUGAUGGAUUAGAUUAUCAACGAUGUGAUGAAGAGUACUCGGUAAUAUCUGAUAUUAACUCUACAACAUUAACUCUUAUUGAUGGAAAUUUACAAAUUGCUGUUGUAUUUGAUGAAGGACCUUCCCUUAUGGGAGAUGUUGGCAGUAAUUCUUUCAUGUUAAAGUUGGGUUCUCUUCUAGGAGUUAAUAGAGAAUACUAUCAAGAGUUUAUCACAAGAUCAAUUUCAAUUUCUCAAAAUUCUAUUAAGGGUGAAAUGUUGCUUCCAAGUUAUGACCUCAAGAUUGAAGUGGAUUGGGAAUCAUUUGAAAAGGCAGGAAAUGUUGACCUUUGUCUAAGUAACUUUUGCAGUCUGGAAUGUAGUUAUUCCAUUCUUUCACUAAUCAGUGCUUUCAGACUUGUAACUCAUGAACAUGGCUUGGAAGCAAAUGAAAUUGCAGAUGCCGUUGAUACAAUAGUGUUUAGAAACAGUGAAGAUGAUAGAAAACCAAAACCUCCAGAUUCUGGUUUUUGUUAUAUUUGUAAAAAGACCUUGUAUAUUUAUGGUGUUUAUAGAUAUCACAUUGGUCAUGUUUCUCCAAAAGAAAUUUCAAAAGCUAUUGGAAUUGCUUGUAAAUUUGAAAUGAUGAGAAAGAAAUUUGUAAAAUUAGAACAGAUAACAAAUCAGGAACAAGACGAUCUUAUUGAAUUGAUGAAGGAUCUCACAAACUAUGCUGCAUUGAAUUUUAAAACCGUGGAUCCUUUAUUAGAAAUCAUUUCAAACUCUGAGAGCUUUUACCAAUUAAAAGAAGAAGAAAAACAAAACUGCAUUGAGAGUAUCAAUCAGUAUUGGGCAGAUUACGAAAAAAGUGAAGGAAUACAAGCAAAGAAGGCUGAGGAAUUCAAGUAUGGAUGGACAGUAAAUAAGAUUAAUCACAGAGGUCAAUUCCAAGAAAGAUUAUUAUGUUUAACAGAUCAAGCAAUCUACACUUUCGCAUACAAUUCAAAAAAGAAAGAGAGUUCAUACAAGAGAGCAAGAAGAUUCCCCUAUACAAUGUUUUCAACCAUUUAUUAUGGUCAAUUCAAUACAGAAGAAGGUCGACAUGGUAUCUUCUUAAAAUCAAAUAUCAAGACACAAAAAAAGGAAAAGGAAACUGAGAUUGCAAUCUCAAAGAUUUUAAAGAAGAAUUUAUUCAAACUUUCCAAGUUUAUGGUAUUUGAACAUUUAAUCAAGAAGAUUGAUAGAGUUCAAGAUCCAAAAGUGUGGCUUCCUGGUGUGAAAGCAUUUGAGAAACCAUCCUCAGUGUGUAGAAUUGCAUCAAGAUGCUUCUUUAUGAAGAAUUUCACCGAAAAGAAGAUUGAUUUAGGAUUUGGUGAAACUAAUUUUGCAUCUGCUUUUGAAAUUAUUGCAGAGAUGUUUGAAACAUUGGAUGAACCAAACAUUGAGUGUCCUAACUUUAGUAGUAUGACACUGACUAACAUUAUUUUAAAGAUCUUUGAGUAUAUUUCAAGUCAUGUUGAUGAACUAGACAUGGUCAUUCCGUUAGAUAUAUCAAUUCCUUCAUUGUUAAUGCUUAUUGAAAAGACUCUUAUUGAGCUGCCAAAUAGAAACGAGAGAAUGUCAAUGGAUGUUGGAUUUAUCCCACCAUUAACCUUCAAGGAGCUUAUUCAUUCUUUGAAACAAUGCAUUAUUUCUUUCAAAAAGAAAGAUGUUGAAAAUGUUACAAUUAGCAGUCAACAUAAUGUAGUAUUUAACAUCCCAAAGAUUUUACAAGAAUUAGAAAAGUUGGAAGGUAUUCCAGACGUGGAAUUCCCAACAUACCCGAGACUGGGUCUUCUCUUCAUUAUCAGAUUUGCUGUAACUCAAAUUAAUAAGCACUUACCUAACCUCCCAGAAGUCAAUGUCUAUUCUUUAAAGAUUCCAGGUAUUGAUCUUCCUCCUUCAAAUCUAAAAUCCACCAAUAAUAAUGAUUCAGCUUCUCUCAUGAAAAUGUUCAGCUCUGAUAGAAAUAGAAAAGAAUUAAUGGCAGAAUGUGUUGAUUCCAGAGGACAUGCUAGAUGGCUUAGUGUGCAAGUUAGUUAUAUUAUUUGGGCUUGUUGCUCUUCAUUUUCCAGACCUCACAACAAACCACAACCUGUAAGGCUGGACAAAAUGGAAAUUCCAAAGAGCUUCCUGGGUUCUGUGUACAAUAAGUAUGCUGGCAAUGAUGAUUAA